CGCCCGGGAUUCCCUCCAGGUGACGAUGCUCUGGUUCUCCGGCGUCAGGGCUCUGGCUGAGCGUCCCUGCCGGCGCUCGCCCGGGAUUACCUGCUGCGUCUUGCUGCUGCUCAAUUGCUCGGGGGUCCCCAUGUCUCUGGCUUCCUCCUUCUUGACAGGUUCUGUUGCAAAAUGUGAAAAUGAAGGUGAAGUCCUCCAGAUUCCAUUUAUUACAGACAACCCUUGUAUAAUGUGUGUCUGCUUGAACAAGGAAGUGACCUGUAAGAGAGAGAAGUGCCCAGUGCUGUCGAGAGACUGUGCCCUGGCCAUCAAGCAGAAGGGAGCCUGUUGUGAGCGGUGCAAAGGUUGCACCUAUGAAGGAAGUACCUAUAACAGCUCCUUCAGGUGGCAGAGUCCUGCACAACCCUGUGUUCUACGUCAGUGCCAGGAAGGUGUUGUCACAGAGUCUGAGGUACGAUGUGUUGUUCACUGUAAAAACCCUUCCGAGCACCUGGGAACGUGCUGCCCGUCAUGUCCAGGCUGUGUGUUCGAAGGUGUGCAGUACCGAGAAGGAGAGGAAUUUCAGCCAGAAGGAAACAAAUGUACCAAGUGUUCCUGUGUUGGAGGCAGGACACAGUGCGUGAGAGAAGUCUGUCCCAUUCUCUCCUGUCCUCAGCACCUUAGCCACACUCCCCCGGGACAGUGCUGCCCCAAAUGUUUGGGUCAGAGGAAAGUGUUUGACCUCCCAUUUGGAAGUUGCCUCUUUCGCAGUGAUGUUUAUGACAAUGGAUCUUCAUUUCUCUAUGAUAACUGCACUGCAUGCACCUGCCAGGACUCUACUGUAGUAUGUAAGAAGAAAUGCUCUCACCCUGGUGGUUGCGUCAGAGGGGAGGAGACCUGUUGUGAAGAGUGCCUCCUGAGAGUGUCUCCAGAAGAUGUCAAAGUGUGCAAGUUUGGCAACAAGGUGUUCCGGGAUGGAGAGAUGUGGUCCUCUGUUAAUUGCACCAUCUGUGCUUGUGUGAAAGGCAAGACAGAGUGUCGAAAGAAGCAGUGCGUUCCCAUCAGCAGCUGCCCACAGCCUGAGCUUCGUUCAAUUCACCUCGGCAACUUGAAACCUUUCAAGGUUUUAUGCAUUUUGGGAAAAUGUCAAACCUAUUCAGUACCUUCCGAGCCCGGCGUUUGCACGGUAUUCGGAGAUCCCCACUACAACACUUUUGACGGACGGACAUUUAACUUUCAGGGGACGUGUCAGUACGUUUUGACGAAAGACUGCUCCUCCCCUGCCUCGCCCUUUCAGGUGCUGGUGAAGAACGACGCGCGCAGGACCCGCUCCUUCUCCUGGACCAAGUCGGUGGACCUGGUGCUGGGCGCCAGCACUGUCAGCCUCCAGCAGCACUUGACCGUGCGCUGGAACGGCUCACGCAUCGCGCUGCCCUGCCAGGCGCCGCACUUCCACAUCGACCUGGAUGGCUACCUCCUGAAAGUGACGACCAAAGCAGGUUUGGAAAUAUCCUGGGAUGGAGACAGUUUUGUCGAAGUCAUGGCUGCCCCUCACCUCAAGGGCAAACUCUGUGGUCUUUGUGGCAACUACAAUGGACACAAACGUGACGAUUUAAUUGGUGGAGAUGGAAACUUCAAGUUUGAUGUGGAUGACUUUGCUGAGUCCUGGAGGGUAGAAUCCAACGAGUUCUGCAACAGACCUCGGAGAAAACCAGUGCCUGAACUGUGUCAAGGGACAGUGAAGGUAAAGCUCCGAGCUCAUCGAGAAUGCCAGAAACUCAAAUCCUGGGAGUUUCAGACCUGUCACUCAACUGUGGACUAUGCCACUUUCUACCGGUCCUGUGUGACAGACAUGUGUGAAUGUCCAGUCCAUAAAAACUGUUACUGUGAGUCAUUUCUGGCAUAUGCCCGGGCGUGCCAGAGAGAAGGCAUCAGUGUCCACUGGGAGCCUCAGCAGAACUGUGCAGCCACCCAGUGUAAGCACGGAGCUGUGUAUGAUACGUGUGGUCCAGGAUGUGCCAAGACCUGUGACAACUGGAACGAGAUCGGUCCAUGCAACAAGCCUUGCGUCGCAGGCUGCCACUGUCCUGCCAACCUGGUCCUUCACAAGGGAAGGUGCAUCAAGCCAGUUCUUUGUCCUCAGCGGUGACCUUUGUUCUGCUCCCAAGACUUUGAAACCUGGUGUCCUUGACACUGAAGUGGAAGAGCCAAUGAAGGACUGCAGUAUUUGUGUGCUCAUUCUUCAAACACACACACACACACACACACACACACACACACAUACAGAGUAUAUACGUGUACAUAUAUAGAUAUAUAGAUAUAUUCAGAAACAUUUCAUCAUUUAUAUAAACUAUAGGUGGAUUAUUAUAUGUAUAUUUUUUGCUAUAAGACAUGUAUUAUUUCUAGGAUCCUAAUCUGUAAGCCAUUGGAUACAUUGUAUAAAUAAGCCAGGUGUUUGUAAUUUAAUAAGGCAGCAUGCAGACAUAUUGGAUGGCUUUAACAUCACAUACAUUUGUCAUUUUUAAGAAGUUUUCUAAGAAACCUAAAUUGCCUGCCUGCAUUAAUUUUAGGAUUGAAUCAAGACUUGCAGUUGAGUGGAAAAUGUGUUUCUCUAGAGAAGGGCAAUGUUAUCUAGGGGCAUUUCAUGCUUCCAAAGAAAGGAAUGUAUGCCCGAGAGAGAUGGCUAGUGAUUGGUGACAGGCCCUAAUGGUGCAUGUAAAGCAAGGGAUAGGUUGUUAGACUUUAUUGGGUCAUGGUCCAAUAUUAGUUCCAAAACCGAUUGGCUAGUUGCCAAGAAAUAUAUAUUUGUCAGUGGAGCAUAGCCAAAGAAUUGAAUGGUUUCUUGCCAUCUUUGCGUAUUCCUUGAGUCACCUAAUUAUACAUGUGUGUAUGAUGGAUGUGUCCAUUUAUAUGUCACAGUGAAAUUAAAGAAUGUUUGGGUCACAUGCCAGCUUUAUUGAGCUUGAACAGAUAUUUAGGACACAUUUUGCACAACAUAUGAAGGAACAGCCACUUCUCUGAAUCUCAGAGCAAUUAAGGAUGGGCAAAUAUAAUGAGUUGAUGUAAGCCAUCUACAUUUUGUGACUAUUCCACAUGUAAAAUGAAAAUCAUUAAUUAUUUCUAGAGGAUUCCUAGCCGAGUGCUAUUUGGUGACUAUUAAUAUGUCAUGAUUAUAUAAAAAGAAAGCCUUUCCUGACCAGUUGAUUUAAUAUCAGUCCAAAGACUGGUCUCUGUAUUUGCUGUAGUUUUCUGAUAGUUUACUACUGGUCAUCCUAUGAGGUUCCUGCCUUUUGUUUUCAGUUAAAUAAGUGAAAAUUUCAACAAAACAAAACCCACUGAUGUUUCAAGAUACUAUGUUCCAGUGUGUGGUCAAUAAAGGGCUAAAUAUUUAAAAACAAUGCAUUUUCUCUUUCAAGAUGUGCUGUGUUAUACUUUAUAAGUAAUCCAUAUCAACUUUGAUUUGGCCAAUUUUUAACAGCUUUAUUUAGAUAUAUUUUAUGUAACCUAUAAUACUUAAUUUUUAUAAAGAGUACUAUUAUUAGACAAUAGGAAACCCUCAAAUUUUUUUUACAAUCAGCAUAUUGCCAUUGCCUGUUACAACAUUUGUGUUCCUUUUACCUAUAUACAUGACAGCUAAAAUAUUAAUUUGGAUUAUUUUUACUGGGACAUCUUUAGUUGUUUGAGUAAACUGAAUAAAGUACAGAGUAUAAUA